AUGCAGGCCGUCAGUCCAGUCGCUCUGUGCUCUCUAUUAAUAAUUGUGAGUUGGACAUCAGCUGGACAUAGUGGACACGUGAACGACACAAAUCGAGAACUUUUGGAAAAUUUGUUGCGUGCUUUGAAUCAAGAUCUUGGACAACAUCAAAAGAUCAAUAAUAAAGUUGGGUCAAUAAGAGAAAAACUUGAUGAUUUUGUCCGUGACAGAGAAAAUGUGAAGAGCGGAAUACACCCUCCUUCAAAGGGCGAUCUUGGAGACGAUGACGAAGGAGAUGUAGACAAUGCCCAUGAAUACCACGUGUUCGGUAGAAAAGGCGAUUCCAACGAAGCACACGAACAUCAACGUAAGAAACAUAGGGUAGAUAUGCACAAAGGCAAUGAAGAAGAAAUUAUCCAGGAACAGGAAGACGAAUGUCUAGAGUACCGCCGCCAGCAGAAACUGGCCCUUAAACAUGGACGUAGUCCCCAAGAUGUUCCUCGUCCCAGUGUAAAUUGUGAGAUGAUUGAGGGCCCAGUCGGAAGGAAAGGGAGGGAUAAGCGAUUUGCUGUAUCGAACGCCGGAGUUUGGGACAAAGGGAUUGUACCAUAUGUGUUUGAGGCUGAAACAUUGUCAGACCGAGGAAAGCAGUUGGGUCGAAUACGAGCUCACAACCACUAUGAAUACUGGACUUGUAUAAGAUUUGUUCCUUAUACAAAUACAACACAGGGAGACUACGGUUUGAACCAUAACACCUACCUCAAUCACAUUAUUUCUACUGGUUGUUGGUCAUUUAUUGGAAAACUAAAAAAGAGCCAGAAAAUUAACUGCUGUUCUAACGAUGUUUGUGUUCAUGAAUUGGGCCAUGCUUUUGGGUUUGCGCAUGAGCAGAACAACCCUCUACACGAUAACUACCUUGAUGUACAUUACAACAACAUACAGUCGAAGUACCAAAGUCAAUAUUAUGAACAAAAUAUCAAGAACAGCAGACUGUUUGGAUACUACGAUUUGUCCAAUGUUAUGCAUUAUGGGGUAUAUGCAUUCACAACUGGAGGAAAGACCAUGUCUAUAUUUGAUCCAGAAUUGGAAUACCUGGUCAGGAAAACAGACCCCUACCAAUAUUAUUUGUUCAGUGAGGUGUCACAAAUCUCAGAUUGUCGAGGUCUGAAGUGCAGCAGUUUCUCGUUGACCUGUGCAAACUCUGGUUACCCCGCCUUUGUCAAGGACAUGUGUACUUGUCGCUGUCCGGAGGGACUAGACCCCGCUACCGGGUGUCAGACUCGUUAUGAUGGAGAUCGAAUGAUUUCAACAAAGUGGCCGUCGGUCGCCUUCACCACAAUAAGUACCCGGAUUACAGGUUGUCCAAGUGGGUUUUAUGAAGGAAGUUUUACACAGCAUCAUUUAGAUACCAGGAUGGACCACACAAGUUCCAAAUUUAGUGCUGAUAUCAUUUCAAAACCCACCUCUACUUUUUACAAAUUUUGUACUAAGAAGAAAACGGAGGAGAAUGGAAUUUCACCAAGCUGGCCUGCAGGAAAAUAUUGUAUCUAUCGCCAUGGAGGGGAUUGUCCCAGUGGCUUCAGUGUGGGAUAUAUACAGUAUGACGACACCACGAAUCCAUCGGAUAUUCUCGGCGUUCUUCCUGAUGGUCACUUCACGACUGACACUAGGUUUUAUUUCUGCUGUCGCGGUGACGGGUCUACAUCAAGUCCGGUCGUCCUACCCUCAAAAGAGCCGUUUAUCUUAUUUCCUGACACCUCUGCUUGCCAGCAAGUUGCAGGUAUGAGCUCCAGCAUGCAAUACUUGAGAAUCAAAAACGGAAAAGAAUUGUUGCAUAAAUCUGGAAAUAUACCUUAUAUGAGGAUCUCGUAUUCUGUCAAUUAUAAACUCCACUUUUGCUACUAUACCCCGACAGAUUUUGAAGAAACUCAAUCUUAUUCAAGAUGGCCGAAAGAGCCAUUCGCAAUGAUACAAGCCGCUUCCGGUUGCCCCCAAAAUUUCAAAUCUGGUCAAUUUUCUGAACAUUCUUUCUUUACUUCGGUGCUGUCUGACACUUUCUCAGCAUUGUCAUCUGAAGGACAAACCUUACGUUACCAAUUCUGUACAAAGACGGAGACCACCCCAAUCGGAGACCAUUCCAAGUGGGGCCCUGGGUCGUACUGUAUUCUCAGAGUCGGAGACAAGUGUCCUGAUGGUUUCUCUGAAGGCUCCAUUGCUUUGGUUGAUGGUCAACCACCAGACAAUUUUACUGGUUCCCUUCCUGAUGGUACCUUCGGUGAUCACGUGACCCUGUAUUUUUGUUGUCGGUCUGAUGGCUUUACCAGAAACCCCCUUCAAUUACCAAUCAAAGAACCAUUUAUUCUGUUUAAAGAAUCCUCAUCAUGUCAAAAGGUUCAAGAUAUGAGUUUUGAAGAAGAGAAAUACAGCGUGGGGACAAGGUCUAAAGCUCCUUCGACCUCGGGUGACACGCCAAAAAUAUACAUAAAUUAUUAUAAAAAGACGGACUUCCCCAUAUGUUACUACUAUCCAACACAAUACGAUUGCGGGAACAAGAUACACUUGAGUAAAAAUGGAAAGACGACUGCGGUUAUAACGAGUCCAGGGCAUCCCAGUUCUUACCCCGGCGGAAGGACCUGUUUCUGGAAUAUCAUCGCAACAGAUGGGUUCAAGUUAAAACUUGAUUUUGAUGAUUUUGACGUAGCAGCUAAUUCAGAUGGAACUUGUGUUGAUAGAUUAGAGGUUAGACAUUCACUUCCGGGUCAGUUUGGACUGAGCUACUGUGGAGAUAAAUUCCCUAUGACAGUCCUCUCAGAAGAAAAUCAGCUGGGCCUGACUUUUCAGACUGGUUUACGGCAAACUGGCCGAGGCUUCUCGGCGACUGUUACACUGCUGGAACCAAACGACCCGCAUUUUUGCUAUACCGACAAAGGAGAAAAUUACAGGGGAACAGUGAAUAUCACUCGACGUUUUGAUAAAUGUUUACCGUGGUCAGAAGUCAAACACUGCCCAAGUAAUACCUAUAAGCCGAUGGAUCUAGAUGACGAUCUGCUCGGUAACUAUUGUCGGAAUCCUGGUCACGGCACCAGACCUUGGUGUAUUACCAACAAGUUUUUGUGUACUCGUGAUUACUGUGAUGUGUGUGGAAUCGAAAAGUGCUACGAUAUAUUUGACGAUUGUGGAGAAAGAACAGUUGAAAUAUCGAACUGUGAACUAGACCCUGAACUAAAACGAGGUUGCAGAUUGUCGUGCAAUAUGUGUGAUAGACAAACACAAGAUGGAGUUGGAACAGUGAGAUGUUCGAAGCCAACCAUUCCAUCCGACUCUAAAAGUGAAUCAUUGAAGGAAACAUAUUUUGUUGAUGAAACUGUUGAACUGACUUGCGAAUCAAACGACUUUGAAAAACAGAAAAUUACCUGUCUAGCUGAUGGCUCUUGGUCAAACGCUGGCUUUGUUUGUGGACGUUGUAAAACAGGAUGGACACCGUUCCAGGGCAAUUGCUAUAAAGUUUUUGGAGAGGAAGUGGACCGUAGCACCGCAGUCACGCGUUGUGCGGAUGAAAGUAGUGCAAAGCUUGUCUCCAGUAAAAAUAUCCAAGAUAAUAAUUUUUUAAGAAGUUUAGUACAAGAUGGCGUCAACUUUUGGAUUGGUCUUGAAAACGGGGCCUGGCCAGAUGGAGAAAAAGUGCAGUGGACUAAUUACAAAAAGAGUACUUCAAAAAGCUGUGCCUACAUGUCUGACAGAGAUGGUAAAUGGCGAGGAAUAUCUUGUGGUUCAGCAUUCUAUAUAUCUUUUGUUUGCACCUAUUCACCACCAG